AUGAAAGUCUCACGCUACGCCAGCUCAAGGCAAAAAUCAUGCCAACAGUGCUCAAGUUCCAAAUCAAAGUGCGAUCGCAAGCAGGAGCGCUGCACCAGAUGCACCCAACGAGGCCUACCAUGCGUCUACCCUAGGUCGAAUCCACCAGAGGCCACAACAUGUGAGGGUAUUUUUAGAGAUGAUACCUCCUCUAUCUCGGCUUCGAGAUCCGAUGCAUCAUUCCCCAGCCCUAACUCAGACCUGUCAGUCAACGCCGAGAGGGUAAACCUGGCUUUGCCACAGCACACCACAGACACACAGCCGGAUGCAGGCCCUGUUACCUCCUCUGUCUCAUCUAUUGCCCUACCUGAAUUUCGUCUUCCAAGGUAUCCCGGUCCAAGUGCCCCGGGCGAAGUACCCGAGAUGCCGGAUGUUCUCAAAUUCUCAAAUCUGAACUUGAUCUGUCCUAUCAAUGCCGACGACAUCAAUAACCGCUGGCUGAACCCUUACAUUCCAGAUAUUGACCAGGCAAUAAAGGAGUACCCACCCGCUGUCACUCGUUUCAUACAUAGCGUUUUGAAGUCAUACGCAGCCGUGGCAGCGCGUGGUCGUGCCAUACCCCUGUUCGUUCAUCCCACACAAAUGAACACACCCGGUUCGCAUCUCGCCACAUGCUUGAGCUUGGCUCGAGUAUCUGAAAAUCCAUUGCCAGGAAGUGAAGAUGCUACCGCCGUUGUUAUUCAGCGCGAGAUGGAGAACAUAGCGCAAGAUCACGAAAGCUAUGAUGACAUGUUACUACUCGCUGCGUUUCAGGCCUACUUAGUAUAUAUCAUGAUUCUAUUUUUUCGGCUCAGUCAGGGGCCUAACCCUUUCUUCCGCAAUGCUAUGAUGACUCUUCAGGAGCUUGCUUGCUCCUCAGCCCGUGGCGGAUUAGUCUGCGCGGCCGAUGCAACUCAUACACGUCCAAGUUGGGAAGAGUGGAUUGUGGCUGAGGCGAAGCGGCGCACACUGUACGCGAUGUACCUUUUCGACAGCGUACUUUCAGCUCAUGAAAACCUCCCUACUUUCUUCGGGACUGAACUACGUGGCCUUCCUGCACCAUCAAAUAAGUCACUGUGGCAAGCUGGGAGCCGAAGCGAUUGGGAGAAGGAAUAUAAUAUUUUUCUUGCUGAGUGGAUAGAAAAAAGUCUGGCCAUUGAUGAGCUUUGGCCCAUUUCCCCCGAGUUGGGCUAUGCAGAUAUUGCCCGAAGGCGGAGGAGGGUGGAUCAAUGGUUGGAAAAUAUUGAUGAAUUUGGGACUAUGAUCUUUGCGGUGACAGAGUGUACGCACGGUGGUUGA